ACUAUCAACAGGGCUGGGAAGACGGAGGGGUGCGGGAGGCGUGCGCCUAUUGCGGUAACCCCCCACCCGCCUCCAUCUCGGCGCCGGGCGGGUGGCCCGUGGGUGAGAAGGGAGCCAAGUCUGCCAGUGUGGCGGGAGCCGAGGCAUCAGAGAGUGCUGUCGUUGAGGCCCCUCCGCUCUCUGGGACUUCGGGCGACCGGAAGUUCAUAGGAAAGGUGGCUUCUUUCAUUAUGUGUGCGUCAGUCAAAUAUAGCACCCGGGGUCCAGCCCUCAUCCCAAGAAUGAAGACCAAACACCGCAUCUACUACAUUGCCCUCUUCUCCGUUGUCUUACUGGGUCUCAUUGCUACAGGCAUGUUCCAGUUCUGGCCGCACUCCAUAGAAUCUUCAAAUGACUGGACAGUUGAAAAGCACAGCAUUCAUGAUGUACCUAUAAUUAAGAUUCCUGCAGAGAGUGCCAUCCCAGAGCGAGGAGACCUCAGCUGUAGGAUGCACACAUGCUUUGAUGUCUACCGCUGCGGCUUCAAACCUAAAAAUAAGAUCAAGGUCUAUAUUUACUCCCUAAAGAAAUAUGUGGAUGAAUAUGGCAUGCCAGUCAGCCAUACAAUUUCACGGGAAUACAAUGAACUCUUAACUGCUAUCUCUGACAGUGACUUCUACACUGAUGAUGUGAACCGUGCCUGUCUCUUUGUGCCGUCUAUUGAUGUGCUGAACCAGAACACGCUCCGUAUCAAGGAAACAGCUCAGGCUUUGGCACAGCUACCCCGUUGGGAUCGAGGAACAAACCACCUCUUGUUCAACAUGUUGCCUGGAGGACCACCUGACUAUAAUACAGCACUAGAUGUUCCAAGGGACAGAGCUCUGUUGGCUGGUGGUGGUUUUUCUACAUGGACCUAUCGACAAGGAUAUGAUGUCAGCAUUCCUGUUUACAGUCCGUUGUCUUCAGAGGUUCAGUUGCUCAAUAAAGGCCCAGGUCCUCGCAGGUACUUUCUCCUGUCCUCUCAAAUGGCUCUUCAUCCUGAAUAUUGUUCUGAAUUGGAGGCUCUUCAGUCUGAGAAUAUGGAAUCUGUGUUGAUCCUGGAUAAAUGUACCAACCUCUCAGAUGGAAUCCCUUUCAUUCGUAAACGUUGCUACAAGAAUCAGGUUUUUGAUUAUCCUCAGGUACUUCAGGAAGCUACAUUUUGUAUGGUUUUGCGUGGUGCCCGCUUGGGACAAGCUGUGCUAAGUGAUGUUCUUCAGGCUGGAUGCAUCCCUGUUGUCAUAGCUGACUCUUAUAUUCUCCCUUUCUCUGAAGUUCUGGACUGGAAAAGAGCUUCUGUAGUAAUACCAGAAGAAAAGAUGUCUGAUAUGUACAACAUCCUGCAAAGUAUACCCCAGCGACAAACUGAAGAGAUGCAGAGACAGGCAAGAUGGUUCUGGGAAGCUUAUUUUCAAUCAAUGAAAGCAAUUGCUCUGGCAACCCUUAAAAUUAUCAAUGACCGGAUUUACCCAUAUGCUGCUACAUCAUAUGAGGAAUGGAACGAUCCCCCAGCGAUUAAAUGGAGCAGUGUAAGCAAUCCACUCUUUCUUCCACUGAUUCCACCUCAGUCACAAGGCUUCACUGCUAUUGUUCUUACCUAUGAUCGGGUUGAGAGCCUAUUCAGAGUAAUCACUGAAGUAUCAAAGGUGCCCAGCCUUUCCAAACUGUUAGUGGUUUGGAACAACCAAAAUAAAAUUCCCCCAGAAGAAUCUGUUUGGCCCAAAGUUCGAGUUCCAUUGAAGGUUUUGCGGACCACAGAAAAUAAGCUGAGUAACCGCUUCUUUCCCUAUGAUGAGAUUGAAACAGAAGCAGUGUUGGCUAUUGAUGAUGACAUAAUCAUGUUGACUUCUGAUGAACUGCAGUUUGGUUAUGAGGUGUGGAGAGAGUUUCCUGACAGACUAGUUGGGUACCCUGGUCGCCUGCAUUUGUGGGACCAUGAGACAAAUAAAUGGAAAUAUGAGUCGGAGUGGACCAAUGAAGUCUCAAUGGUGCUCACUGGAGCAGCUUUUUACCAUAAGUAUUUUAAUUAUUUGUACACAUACAAAAUGCCUGGAGACAUCAAGAACUGGGUGGAUGCUCACAUGAAUUGUGAAGACAUUGCCAUGAAUUUUCUAGUAGCUAAUGUUACUGGGAAAGCCGUCAUUAAGGUGACCCCGAGAAAGAAAUUUAAGUGUCCAGAAUGCACAGCCAUAGAUGGAUUGUCACUAGACCAGACACAUAUGGUGGAAAGGUCUGAGUGCAUUAACAAAUUUGCCUCUGUCUUUGGGACCAUGCCUCUGAAAGUGGUGGAGCACCGGGCAGACCCAGUCUUGUACAAAGAUGACUUCCCUGAAAAACUGAAAAGUUUCCCGAACAUUGGAAGCUUGUAAAAAUUUGCAGCAAGGCAAAUUGGAUGCUGGAAUCCAGUACACUGAACAGCACAAUGAAAACUAUACGGCCUUGAACAAACAUCCCAGGAAGUAGCAUGGAAAGAGGAUACAGAGAUGAAUGCCCCAUUUAGGCUUAAUUCAAGCUUCUUCAACAUGGGACAACAUUUUUUUUAAAGAAGGGUAAAGCAGCUGUUUCUGUACUAUACCAAAAUGUAUUCUUUCCUCACUCUCCAUGGGUCUGCCAAAAUGCCAGGGAAAUAUUUAUUUAUUCCAAAGAGAUUACUCUUAAAUGACUACACACACACACACUCAGAGGGAGAGAGACUUUAGUCAUACAUAACAGAAACCAUUUUGCUACUGAACAGUUGUAACAAUGGAACUAAUUGUUAACGUUCUAGGAAAGCAACUUUCUGUCUUUGUUUCAUGGCCCAGCCUGCCCUUAAUCUGUGUGAGGUUAUUUUAUCUAUAACCCAUGAGAUUUACCACUGAUUCUCCACUGAUACAUCAGCCUUCUUGUCCAUCAGAAAAGAAAACUGGCAUGAGAAUGAGUUAAUGGUCUGCUUUACAAUAGAAGUAGAGAAAAUGACAGGUAGUAAAUUACGUUUUUCAUUUGAGUAUGUUUGGUGAGUGUACAAGUUUUAUGUUUUCCAUUGUAUUUAUAAAGAGAGGAGUGUACAAUUGAUCCGCUACAAACACACAUCAAAGUGUGAGUAAUGUGUAUUUCCAUUUUGGGUUGUGUAAGUGCCGUUUUCAUACCAAGGUUAGAACAGUUUUCAGUUCAGUGUGGCUAGUUGCCAUCUCCGAAACAAGGGAAGGUAUUGGUGGAAUGGUUUUUGUGUUUCUUAGGUUCUUGCCAGGUCUUGGCUCAACUUUCCACUUCCUUUCAGUAUCUUCUCAGUAUCAUAUUCUCCUACCUAUUGUCUCUUCUUCUCCUAUCUGUUAAGUCUCCUCUGUCCAGAUGAUUCAAGGUUAACUUUCUGGCAUGCUUUUCUAAAGUGAAAUGGUUUCUUGCACUGUUGAUUGCACAAUUUAGUGCUAAGUCAGUAGUAUAAAACAUAGUGCCAUAAAAAGGAGUACCAGGUUAUAAAACAAGUCUUUCAUAGUCCAUCAUUAUGGGCUGUGCCACUUAAGUUUGCCUAGUACUUCAGUCUGCCAUUUGAUAUAGCCCUUGUUUUCCCACAAAAUGAAACAUUCCAGUACAGUGUUAUUCAGAGCCUUGACUUGCAUUGGACCACUGGUGGUGUAUACUUUCCUUAAGAUAAAGCAUAAGUAAUUUGCAUAAAUAAUUAUGUAUGUGUGCUGGGGAUAAACAGCUGCUAGCUUCUGAAUUUGAGGGAGAAUUGUGAAAUAUGCAGCAAUGGAAGUUCACUUGCUUUGUCCAUAAACACUGGAGAUAGAAUUGGAAUUCUGAUUGGCAAAUAGAAUCUGUUUCAUUAGCAUCCAUGACACUUUUGUAGGUGUUUGUGAUGUUUUAAAUGUAUAUCUAAGCAUGGCAGGUCUGAAUGCAGAAAGGAGAAGUUGUGACUGGCUGCACUUACUUAUAUAAGCUCAGUAACAAACACAAGUAUGCCUCUGCAUCAAGUGAAAACAAGAGUUUUGAGAAACAGUUGAAAUAUCUACCUGUAUUCUCUUGGAAAACUUUCAACUAUGAAAUGGAGCCUUCACCGUUUAAUUCAGUGCCUCAGGAACAAACUGUAAUUGUCCUAAAGCAUUUCAGCUGUUUAUACCACACUUGUUUUAUUUUUUAUUUUUUCGGUGGUCUGUAACCUAGACAUUUUCUGGAGAUCACAUUUCCCAGUGCAUAUGUACGUGCAUAGAGCUGGAUCCUACCAGUUUUUUCAUUCAACCUCACCCAACUCCCCUUCUCUCUGUAAAGACCCCGCCCUGCAUAGUGCUUGCCUAUGUAUAGCCCAUGAUCUCUGGACCAGGCUUUUUGGUGGUCAAAGGACACUCCUCCUCCCUCUUUUACCAGAUGAAAAGCAGGUAGGAUCCAACCCAGUUGCUCUAAAAAUGUAAAAAUUAAAAAAAAAAUUAAAAAUGCAGUGUGCUUGAGUCAA